CACUACUUCCGAUCACAUAUUCUUGCAUAUCAGCACCAAUACCCCUCUGAUUCCCUUCUCUUCAAACCCUACAUCACACUCAACACUCCGUAACUGCGAGAAGCAUCAGCACUCACAUGAAGGAAUCUCCGCGCCAGGUGGAGAAGUCACUCCACCAGAGCGAACGCAAGCCUGGCGAUACCUUUCCCGAACGGCAUACCUAUACCCCGCUUGACGUCGAAGACAAUCGCAGCUACUUCAGAGAAGCCACACACAGUCCCCAGAACGCGGCACCCUCGCAUGGAUGCCGCGGGGCUUCCGGCCAACGCUACGGUAAUGCAAACGACUUCAGCCAAUCUUGUAUGUCGAAUACAGGAUUCGACGCGGCCACUACCGCAUCGCAUAAUCCACGUAGUGCCAUGCAGACAUCGCGAUUCGUUCCCCACAGCGACAACAACCAUUUGCGUGGCGUCAAUAGCUACGUGAACCUGACCAGCCCGAGCUGUCGGAACGAAGAACUGAUGAGGAAAGAACCCGCCCAUACAUAUUCGAUUCAUCAGCGAUCUAUCUCCAGGGAAGGGCCUUCGCUCGCGCCUAUGCCAUCCACAGAACAUAUAAGCAUGGCACCGCAGGCGGCAAGCCAGAUUUACGAACCGUUCCGAGGUCUUUUCAAUGACUCCGAGCACGCGAAGGAGUACCGACACACGAAGAUGCGGUUCAACCGUGAGCCAUGGAGGGAUCCUGUCACCGACCCAACUAUCGAGAUGGUCGAACGUGAUCGUAACCACAGCGUAGCGCGCAUCUACAACGCGAUGGUCUGCGGCGAUCAUGCUAGAGACAACCCCAAAUCCACCGCGCGGAAGAGAUGGAUCGAAGAGCCACACUACCAGUCCGACUUGGUGGAAGCCUAUGCCCACAAAGUGUUCGACUGCCUGCUCGAGCAGGUCAGGAAAGGAUUCCGUGGGUGGCAGCAGAACGACUAUGUCAACGACGAGCGGAAGGGCGAGGACGAAGAUAAAGACAUCGACUGUGCAGGCCGCUUAGACAACAUCGUCACCGCACUUGCACAAGAGAAGUGCAUCUGCGAGAACGUCAUGUGCUCGGCGUGGCAGAUCCGCAUGUUUGUCAACGCACCCAAGGCAUACUCCAAGCGCAAGGACCAGAACCGGGUGGGUAACAGCAAGAGGCCGAAUGCGAAGGGCAGUGUAACUGAUGACAAUCCGCGGGCGUCGAAGAGGUCUCGUACCAGCGCUGCUCCACGGACGGGACAGGCGCGUGGUCACUCUUCACCAGCUUCCGAGUUGCCGUUGUCGCGUGGAAACACACCGCAGGAGUCUUCGGGACCCACGUGCUUGCCGUACUUUACUACGCCAGUGACACAGCGAAUGACGGUCUUGAGCCCUCCAUCUGCUUUUCUGGCACCUCAAGCCCCUGCUAUGGGUCCUCCCCCUCGAUCGUACCAUACCACGCUCGGCCAACCUCACAUCUCCUCAUCCUCGCCUCCCAUGCACUCUUCAUUCGCACAAGCACAGACUUCCCGGGGACAGCCUAUCUCGCCGAACACCUCAAUUUCACCGACUCAGUAUUCGCCCUUCCCACCUCCGUCGAUGACACAUAGCACAUUCUCACCAUCUGCCAGCCUCGACGACGUCAAGCCAUCGAUCAGGAACAAAGACCCCUUCUCCAGUCCUUGGGGACAGACUCUUCGGUCGGAUGCAGCCUCUUCCAAUGUGUUCGCACAUUUGGAUCUAGCCGGUAGCUCGGAGUUCCCGGGAGUUGAAGAGUGGCAGCAUCAUGUGGAGCCUUUCUCCCCACAGGACGGGUCGAGCAAUGCCAAUCUCUUUGCGCAACAUCCUGAGAUGGGCGUCUGCCUUGCUGAUAUGGAGCUCUUGCCAACGUUCACCCUGAGCGAUGUUGCAGGCCAAAACGUCUUCGAUCCCUGGCAACACCAGAAUAGCGGGCACUGAAUGUCCGGUAACCCCAGCAGCCGUCAAAACCAGCCCUCAUACCAUGGGUAUGUACUAUUCCGGAUGGCGGGGUGACAUAUCUUUGCAUCAACAGGUUCGCGGGCUACAUCAACAUGGAACACGCAAAGUAGGUGACCUAACGUCAAUAUAGG